CUGGCCGCGACUCCGAGGACCUUAGGCUGGCGGUAGCUUCCUCCUUGCUCGUUUGCCCACCACCCUGCACAGAAACUCGCAAACUCGAUUUGACUUGCAGAUUCUUUGUUAAGACGCCUUCCAGAGAGAAUACUUGUGGUUCAUGGCGCCUCGCCGACGUUGUCCCAUCUGCGGCUCGAAGCAAUGGCACAAGGAGCCUUCGAGCGGACUCAUAACAUGUAGUGAGGGGCACGUCUUGCAGAAUUACCGCAAUGAGACGAGAGAGGUCACUGAGCUAGGCCCGCACGCUCUGAAGAAGCGCGCGCUGAAGUCGACUAGGAAGAAGAAAGAACGAGAGAGCAAGGCAGACCCGAGGCUCUACCAUGGCGAGCGCGCACGGUAUCACUACUUCCAGUGUCUACAAUUGCUCCUGCGCAUGCAAGUCACAGCUCUGACAGGGUUAUGGGGACUUCCAGCAGAGUUUGAGAUCGUCUGCCGAGACGUAUGGGCGUUGCACCUUAGUCUGCUCCCCGUUCCACCUCCAGCAGAACCUCUCUCCGCCACCCAAGCCCAAUCAGAUACCCCAUCUUCCAAGCCAGACCAAUCUACACACGACACCUCACCGUCGCGCGAGGGAAGCGGCGACGAAGCCGGUCCCGAGAAGACCGCUGAGCCCGCUAACAGCGAGUCAUCCUCGUCGUCGAGCGACGAGGAGGAUGACCCGGAGAUGGUGGAGCUCAUGAGGCAGGCAGAGGAAGCGUCGUCGUCGUCCUCGGAGGAUGAUGAAGGUGGAGAGGGCGCGCAGAAGAAGGUUCCCGCAUCUCGAACGAAAACGAAAACGAAGUUCGGCAGGAAGUACGACUUGCCCGUGAACAACCUCGCGGUGCUGGUGGUGGCUUGUUGGACGUUGCGGCUACCAGCGACUUAUAUGGACUUUGUGAGACUGGUUGAGGGAUAUGAUCUACCGUACCUUGACCCCGUCCGACUCCUCCCUGAAAGCCUCACUACUCAUCUCACGAAGCAUACGAAGAGUGCACUGUCCCCAGAGCAUGCACCAUCGGUCAUACUUCUACACGGCCUCGCAUCUAGGCUUGCCAAACUAAUGUACUCCACACAUCAAGUGCAGACGCCAGAGAUGAAUGCAGCGCCAACACUCUGGCGAGCCGUCCGCGCUCUGUGCGGGACACCGACGCUAUAUGUGUUGACCAAGAAAGUCGCCCGCGUUCUUUCCGUGCCACUGACCUUACACCGCACGCUCUCGGCGCCUCUCGAACGCGUCAAGAAGAAAGAUCCGACAUGGCAUAAGUUUGACAAUGCCGUCCCCGAGGUCUCCUUGAUUGCCACCGUGAUCGUCGUUCUCAAAAUGGUUUACGGGCUAGAUGGCAAACCCAGGUCGCCCAAGAAAAGGAACGAUCCUGCAUGCUCUCUACCCUGCAUCGACGACUUUCUGGGUCGUAUCAAGGCUUGCGACGAUUCAGCACAUGAGCACCAUCGGUUCUGUGCUACUUCACAGAUGUACGUUCAGGAUAUGGACAACAACGCCUUGGACGAUUACUUGGCUUUCUGCGAGAAGGCGCUGCUACCGCAGGAGGAUCGAAUAGUAGGUUUUGUAGAGCGGAACGCAGCGAUAACCUUCUUUCCUCUGGACAAGCAGGACAAGGAAAAGCAGGACAACCCUCAAUCCCUAUCGGCGGAGCCCACCUCUCUGGAAGCCACGCUACGCGUCGAUGAGGACGACGACUGCCUGCUCCCUGGGGAGAAACUACCGAUUUACAACACCUUCGACGCACUUGGAUCUUUACCUGAAGAGUAUGACAUGGUUAUCAGGCGGGCCGCUCAUUGGUGCGGUGUCCACGAUGAUUACGUUGCUGGUGUGGUAGAGAGGUUUGAGCGGCGACUGUUGCGCUGGUGGACCAGGAGGACGGACGGCGAAGGUACAGAUUCUGACAACCAGGACGCAGACGGAUCAGUGUAACAUGCCUCGUUGAGGCUGUACAUAGCGAGCAACAUCUGCUCCGGUUGACACAAGUGCCCGCAGGCACACGGCGCCGUCAUUGGUCAGGCGGCGUUGUCAGUA